AUGGCAGAACAGAUGUUACUGUUUCUAUGGAAAGGCGAGUACAUUCAUACAAGAGGUGUGAUAUUGGUUGGCAACAAAUCAGACUUGGAACGGACAAGAAAAAUUCAAACAAAUGUUGGACGAAAUUUGGCAUACAGUUGGAACUGUAAAUUUAUUGAAACUUCAAGUGGUAUCGAUCAUAAUGUGGACAAGCUACUAGUUGGAAUUUUGGCUCAAAUCAAGCUAAACCCGCUCAGAGAAAGGAUGUAUAACAGCAAAAGGAAAAAAUAUAGCGUCACAAAACUGUAUAAAGACUUUUUAGCAUACUUAAGAGGUGUCAAAUCCAGUGAAAAUUUGUUCAGUAUUUAA